GGCCAUCAGAAACAAAUAGCAUCUGCAACAAUCGAUCAGCCCAGUAAUGUCAGUAGCACCGACUUUGGGAAUCGACUGGUGACCUUGGUGAAACAAUUUAAGGACAUGAAUUUCAAUGUGAGGAUUGCCCCGGUUUUGUUUGGAGAUGCUGGAAUUUACACAUGCUCUCUGGAAUCAAAUACAUUUCUGACCAUUAAGUUAAUCACAGUGAAAGUCACAGCGGAACCACCUGAUACAGUGACUGAGGGAGACACCGUUACCCUGAGCUGCUCUGUGUCUGACGUCACUGCACCAACCAGACUGGUUUGGAUCAACGGAGACGGUGAAACUGUUGGAGACAAAACACUGACUGGGGAAGAGAAAUCACUGAGUCUGAUCUUACAUAAAGCUGAGAGAAGCAGAGAGAAAUGGACGUGUGGUGUGUUUGAUCAAGACAGACUCCGGAUUGUCGCCCCGUAUUAUCAAGAGCGCAGUGAUUUACACGAUAAGGUGUACACAGUUUAUCGGUCAGACAUAGAUCACAGUGAACUCAAGCUGAUUUGUGAAGCUUCUGCUGAGUUAAGUAAGACCAAAUGGACUUGGAAGCCACAUUUCCAGAAUCAGGUGAUGGAAAUAGCAACCACCGACAAAUCUCAGCCUAUCAUUAUCAGUGGCAGGAGCUACUUUGAGAACCGACUGAGAACUACACAGGAAAUUCUGAAUGUCAGUAACUUCAACUUGAGAAUUGUUCCUGUGCAGUUUGAAGAUGCCGGAGAUUACACAUGUUCUCUGGGAUCACAUCAAUACGUGACCAUUGAAUUAAUCACAGUUAGAGUCACAGCUGAACCACCCGAUGCAGUGACUGAGGGAGACAACGUCACCCUGACCUGCUCUGUGUCUGAGGUCAGUGAAUCAAUGAGACUGGUUUGGAUCAACAGUGAUGGUGAAACUGUGGAUGAGAAAAUAUUCAUGGAAUGGAAGAAUGAAGGUGACUCUUUGCAGCUGAUUAUUCCAACAGACGAUAAAAUCCGAAGAAAAUGGACGUGUGUCUUGUUUCAUCAAAGCAGGCCCAAGAUUUUUAUUCCAUAUUAUCUUCAGGUGAAGAAUGAUUUCACAUCAGAACGUAUCAUUCUUGUUAUUACCAGGAGUCUGGUACUUCUCAUUUUCAUGAUUCUGACGGUGGUGUUCUGUCGGCGAAUGUAUGAGAUUUCAGCCCUGGUGUGGAUUGCCCAACUUUCUGAGAUGAAUAAACAGUUGCAAUUGGCAGCGAAUAACUACUGCCAAGCAAUUCAGAACAGUAAGUCCAUGAAAGAGGGGCUCUAA